AUUGCAACUUAAUAAUAUAAGAAAAAAAACACACCAAUAUGACCACCGACUUCAAAUCCAUCCCAGUCAUCGAUGUCGGUCCUCUAGUGACCAAGGGAGAUGAUCUGAAAAUGGGUCAAGAUCCGGGUGUACGUGAAGUUGUCAAGCAAUUGGAUCGGGCAUGCAGAGAAACCGGAUUCUUCUACGUGAAGGGUCAUGGGGUUCCCCAGUCGCUUAUGAACGAGGUUAAAGAUGUGACUCACAGAUUUUUCGAUCUUCCUUACGAUGAAAAACUUAAAAUCAAAUUGACUCCCUCCACAGGAUACAGAGGAUACCAGAAAAUGAAAGCAAACAUAACUAAAGGGGUCCCUGACUUGCAGGAAGCCAUCGAUUACUAUAGAGAAGUGAAGAAAGGGAUGUACGGAUCACUUGGCGAGAUUUUGGAAGGAUGUAACCAAUGGCCACGAGAUCCUGCGAACUUCAAAGCAUCAAUGGAGGAGUAUAUCAGAUUUUGCACAGAUCUUUCAAGAAAAAUCAUGAGGGGUAUUGCCUUAGCAUUGGGUGGAUCAGCAGAUGAGCUUGAAGGUGAAAAAGGUGGAGAUCCGUUUUGGGUGGUGCGUCUUAUUGGAUAUCCCGGAAAACCACCUGCAAAUCCACAAUUUAACGACAUUGGAUGCGGGAUUCACACAGACUAUGGUUUAUUAACAUUGAUUAAUCAAGAUGAUGAUAUAACUGCACUUGAGAUUAAAAACCUAUCGGGGGAAUGGAUACAAGCUACUCCCAUUCCAGGGACAUUUGUGUGCAAUAUCGGCGACAUGUUGAAGAUAUGGUCCAAUGGCCGAUAUGAAGCAACUUUGCAUAGAGUUAUCAAUAAUUCACCGAAGUAUCGAGUUUGCGUGGCGUAUUUUUAUGAGCCAAAUUUUAAUACACUGGUGGAGCCCUUGGACUUGUUCGUGGAGAAAAGUGGGAGAGCUCGGCUGAAGCAGAAAGCCGUUUUAUGGGGAGCAUUUAGUAAAUAAAGUCAAAAAUAACUUCGUCAUGGAGGAAUUAAAUUAGCUAGAUUGAUUAUUAGGAUCAAUAAAGGCAAUGUUGAG